CCGCCCCUCGUCAACUUCUCCAGGUAUGAUUUCUCAAAAUGGGGCUUCUAUUUUACCUGGCCUUGAUCGUCUCACUGUGUCUGACUUUCUCAAUCGCCAGUAUCGAUGAUGCCCCUCGCGUCUCUCUUGACUACGGCACUUUCCAGGGAAAAUAUGACGCAACCUGCAAUCUUUCCUACUUCCGCAAGAUACCCUUUGCAGCGCCUCCAGUAGGUGAGAAUCGAUUUCGCGCACCUCAAUUUCCUCCAGAAAUUAAGGAUGGCGUUUACGACACCGAUCAAGACUUCGAAAUGUGCCCCCAGCGCAUGGCCAAUGGGUCCGAGGACUGCCUCUAUCUCGGCCUGUUCUCGAGGCCAUGGGAUGCUACUGUAUCUUCGCCUAUUCUACGGCCUGUUUUGGUGGUAUUUUAUGGAGGAGGAUUUAUACAGGGCUCAGCCUCCUUCAGCAUACCUCCACCGUCCUAUCCAGUGCUCAAUGUCAGCAAUUUGAACGACUAUGUGGUUAUUUAUCCCAACUACAGGACCAAUGCUUUUGGUUUUCUUCCCGGAAAGGCGAUCAAGGACUCACCUACCUCCGAUAUCAACCCAGGCUUGCUUGACCAGCAGUACGUUUUGAAAUGGGUCCAGAAGUAUAUCCACAACUUCGGUGGAGAUCCUCACAAUGUCACGAUCUGGGGGCAAUCCGCUGGAGGAGGUUCGGUGGUGGCCCAGGUGCUAGCGAAUGGCCGGGGAAACAACCCAAAACUCUUCUCUAAAGCACUGGCAAGCUCACCCUUUUGGCCUAAGACAUAUGCCUACGAUUCUCCCGAAGCGGAAGCUAUAUAUGACCAACUCACAGCUCUCACAGGCUGUUCUAAUACAGCUGACUCCCUCGCUUGCCUUAAAACUAUCGAUGUUCAAACCAUCCGCAACGCUAGUCUGGCUAUCAGCGGUAGCCGUAAAUGGAAUACAAGCUCUUUUACCUGGGCCCCCGUCAUCGAUGGUGAUUUCCUCAUUGAUACCCUCUCAGACGCUGUCGCCAGUGACUCGCUGAACACCGAGUACAUAUUUGCGAUGUACAAUACCCACGAAGGCGAGAACUUUAUCCCAUCCGGCCUGAGCAGUUCCAAAGGUAAAAACGGUUUCAAUUCUUCAAUUUCAAGUUUCCAUUCAUGGCUCACUGGGUUCGUACCGGGUCUGUCAUCGGAGCGCAUAAAGACGAUCGAGUCGUUGUAUUAUCCCCCAACAGGACAAACAGAGACUAUUGACUCAUAUAACUCGACCUCUACACGUGCAGGUCUUAUAUAUAGAGAUCUAGUACUAGCAUGUCCAUCUUAUUGGAUUACAAUGGCGGCAGGCACUGCUGGAUAUCUGGGGGAGUAUACUAUAUCCCCAGCUAAACAUGGGAGCGAUACUAUAUAUUGGAACCGGAUCAAUUCGAUACAAAAGACCGACCCCCUGAUUUACAAUGGAUAUGCAGGCGCCUUUGCUAGCUUCUUUCGAACGGGGUAUCCGAAUACACAUAAGUUGACUAACAACUCGCAGCCAGGUGUUGCAAAUGUGCAAGAGACAGAGAAGGAGUUUGUGGUUACUAAGUCUGGGUUUGAGAAUGUGGACUUGAAAUGGCUUAAGGAGAGGUGUGAUUUCUGGAGGGAGGUUGGGGGCGAUGUCCCGGUUUAAUUUACAGAUAAGUGGUUAUCUAAUAUGAGAAGUAUAACAACAACCUUGAAAAUGAAUGGAAUGAGUUGAUUCGUG